ACUGGGACAGCAGGAGGAAACGAAAAAUUGCAGACAUCACACAGGCCCUCAGUGUGGAUCCGGUGGAUGUGGCAACUUUAAGGAGGAUGGCUAUCAGUGAAGGAGGACUGCUGACUGAUGAAAUCCGCUGUCAAGUCUGGCCCAGGCUCCUCAACGUCCCCCCUCACCUCCUGGAUCAAGAGCCUGAAAAAGUAGAGCGAGAAAACAAUAAAGACUACAACCAGGUCUUGCUGGAUGUCCAACGCUCACUGCGAAGGUUUCCACCAGGCAUGCCAGAUGAGCAGAGAGAGGGUCUUCAGGAAGCGCUAAUUGACAUUAUCCUCAGAGUCCUGAAACGAAAUCCUCAGCUGCACUAUUACCAAGGAUACCAUGACAUUGUUGUCACCUUCCUGUUAGUUGUGGGAGAGCGCCUGGCAUCCGUUCUCGUAGAGAAGCUCUCAACCCAUCACCUCAGGGACUUUAUGGAUCCUACAAUGGAUAAUACUAAACACAUUCUUAACUAUCUGAUGCCUAUCAUUGAAAGGGUCAACCCUGAGGUGCAUGACUUCAUGCAGCAGGCUGAGGUAGGCACAGUCUUUGCGCUCAGCUGGCUGAUCACCUGGUUUGGUCACGUGCUGUCAGACUUCCGUCAUGUCGUACGGUUGUAUGACUUCUUCCUGGCCUGCCAUCCAUUGAUGCCCAUCUAUUUUGCUGCUGUGAUUGUAUUACACCGAGAGGAAGAAGUGUUGGAGUGCGAGUGCGACAUGGCGAUGGUCCAUCACCUGCUGUCUCAGAUUCCCCAGGACCUGCCAUAUGAGACACUAAUCAGCCGAGCUGGAGACCUUUUUGUCCAGUUUCCUCCCUCUGAACUGGCUAGAGAGGCUGUGGCACAUGAAAGCAUGGCAACCUCUACCUUUAAGGACUUUGAACUUGCAUCCACUCAACAACGACCAGAUUCAGUACUCCGUCGCAGACGCAGACAGAAAUCAGCUGCGCUGGAGAAGCAGACAGUAGGCCCUGUAGUAGCUGUGGCACAACCGUCGACAUCACGGCGCUUUGUUCGAUUGGCAGUUAUGGGCUUGACGGUGGCUUUGGGGGCAGCAGCUCUUGCUGUGGUUAACACUGCUCUGGAGUGGGCCCCCAAGUUGGACUUGUUCCCUUGAACUACCAUUAACACAACACAACAACGUCUGUGUCCUUGUCUAACCAGUGGUUCUGCUUCCAAAAACUUUUUAAUUUGUGAAACCGCACUUUUUUUUGAGUCUGUAACACUGUCUGGAACAAACUAAUGAUUUUGAACAUAUUAGCGCUCCUCUUCCAUGAAGGACAGGUCUAAACAUUUUGGUCUCUGUAUAGCUUGCAGGACUCCUUUUUUAUAUAAAUGUGUGCAUUGGUUUAUUAGUUGCCAAUGCUCUUAACGAAGAGAUAGUUUCUAAGGACUGUUAUUGGUAAUAUGAGUUCAGUUUAUUUAUAUUUCAUAAUAAGAUGUCUGAUAGUGUUUUGCUCACAGAGAUUUAUGCUGAAAGCCUGAUGGACUCACUAAACUUGAAAUUGCUGCCAAUUUUGUGAGCUGGAGAGUGUGGAUGUGUGUGUGUUUGUGUGUGUGAGAGAGAGGGAGAAAGAGACUGCAGUUCAUUUGUUAUCUAUUUGAUACCUUAAUGAGACCAAAUUGAGAAUUUGUAGAAUCCUCUCUUUGUAAAAUAUACUCUACAAUUUUGUCUUGUGUUCAUAAUUGUACAGCAUCAUGACACACUGGCACUUUUUAGGAUCAUAAUUAUAUGGUUUCAGGUAGUUAUGGUCAUUCAAGUUCUUUAACAUUUUAUUAACAGAAAUGUGAUAUUUCACUCUACGUUGGGAACAUUUAUAAUAUUAGCUCAUUAUUCUGUAUUUUAUCUUUAGUUUAUUGUUUAGAUCAGUUGAAUUCAUCUUAAUGAUACAUUUGGUGUUGCCAAGAUUUUGUGGCCUAAUUUAACGUAUCUCAUUCAAUUUGACAAAUAAUUACCAACAUUAGAAUAUCUGCUUAGAAAUUGAGUGUAAUGCAUUUAAACAAUGAGCAAGUUGGCAAUCAGAUCUCAAAGUUUAACCCUGGAAGUGCUAGUAAAGACACCUUAUUUUUGGUUUAAUCCACGGAGUAGUUGAGUUAUUGUGAAUUUUUUCAUUUUAACUAAAUAUUUUUAAUUUGAACUGAGCAUUGAAUUAACAACAUGCAGCUGGAAUACAAACGUACACCUGUUGUUUGUAUGCUAUAAAAGAUUUGUGGUUAAAAAAUUUUGUGGUUUGUGUUAAUCAUGGAAACCAUGUAAAUAGAUUUUAAUCCCAGAUUUAAAGUGCAUGUUGUAUACUGGGUUUUUGAUUUUUUUUUUACAUUUUGUCCAUAAUAAGAUACAUUUAAAAGUCUACCCUUAAUAUUACAUUUAAUAAUUAUAAACCCAUUAGAGAAUGCUUAUAUAUUUGACAAUUUUCAAUGAGCAAAACAUUAACUUGAAUUGGUUAAUGAUUUAACAUUUUAUUACAAACCAAAAGAUUUUAUGAAGCUUUGAGCCUACACCAUGACAUAAACAGCAGUCAUGUAUUAACCUCACAUUUUGCACAACUAACAUGCUGAGUUUUUGCCAGCAAUUUUCUCUUAAUUGGGGCUACACAGAUGCUUAUUUUUCAGAUUUCUCUCUUCACGCAGCCUGUUCUUGUGUUUACAGACGAGUUCAAUGACGUGAAACAUUACAUUAGAUUUCGUUUUGUCACAUUUUGAAGUGAAGGUUUCUGUUUAGUUCUUGUUCAGUCACUUUUGUCUUAACAGGAAAUGCACACUUUGGGAAGAUGUUUGAUUUAGUUUGCGUGUUGAAAAAAAAUUUUUUUUUCUUCAAGAAACUACUCACAGUAAUGGUUUACUUUUGAUGGCACAAGCAGUGAACUAAACAUGUUUCAAAGUUGUCACAGUGAUGUUGACGAACAUAAUUUUACACGUAAUCCAAACAACACUUGUCGUUCUCUUCCUGUCCAUAUGGUAGAUGUAUAUAAUUUGCCAUUAUAGUAUAGCUGAGUCUCCAUAAUCAAAAUGAAGGUGACCGGACAUGAAGAACAGAGUGUAGCUGUUGACCAGUAUCAUUAUGCAUCAUGUAAUUAUGGAUACACUACACGGUAUAUUUUCAUUGCACUAAAUAAUUUUGCCUUUUUUUUUUUUUUGUUAUUUCCAUGUUUUGUUAGUAAUAAGACUGAUGAAAAAAUUGUAAAAUAGAAUGUUAAUAAACUGGAGUGAAAUAGUC